AUGUCUAUGUUAUUACUCCUGACAGCCUUGAGUUUUGCUUUUGCCGCGAAGCCAGGUGGCAAGCUUGCGGUGACUUACAAAGGGUUACAAUAUGCCAACCAAGUGGCUGGGACUGAACUCAAAAGGAAACUACGCACAGUCAGCAUCCCCGGCCAAUCCGGAAGUGAAGGUCCGGCCACUUGGAGUGUGCAUGCCAUUCAAAUAACUGGUAUGUAUGGUCCAAACACGAAUAUUUGGCUGAAUCCCGGGGCAGGCGGAGUCACUCUGCGCGUCGACAACUUCGGCUUAAGUGUGCAUGCAGACUGGAGCGGUAGUUACCAGUUCAUAUUCAGAUUCUCAGCCGGUGGAAGCGUUGACAUGUCCGUAUCUGGAGUGUCUGUGACCCUAGUUGCUGGACUGGGGGAAAAGAACGGUCGUCCAUCUGUUUAUGCGAAAUCGUGCAGAUGUAACAUUGGAGAUGUCGACCUUCGUUUCUAUGGAGGAUUGGGGGCACUUAUCUUAAAUAUAAUGAAGGGAACACUACGGGACAGAAUCAAAAAUACGCUUCAAGAUAAUAUCUGUGACAUUGUCAAUAAGCAAGUCAACACAAAAAUAGACGAGGAGCUGGGUAAAAUGAAAGUGAAUGUGGAAAUUGCUAAACGUUUCAUCCUGGACUACAGCCUCAUUAGAGCGCCCACUGUCACAAACGAUUACAUCGAGGUAGCCACUAAGGGAACCGUCUACUGGAAAGACAACAGACAAGAGAGUCCAUACACGCCAGCCGAGCUGCCAGCAUUGUCUGAGUUCAGCAACAUGUUGUAUCUGGAUGUGACCGAGUACUCGGCCAACACUUUCGCCUAUGUGGCACAUGUCAAUGGCUUCCUCGAGUACAACAUAACUGUGGACAAUUUACCAGCUGAGGCAUCAUAUCUGUUGGACCCCACAGGAAAGCUAAAUGAUCAUUAUCCAAACUCGAAACUGGAACUACGCGUCAGCUCUGCAAGUGCUCCUAUCGUGAAAUUUGAGAACCAGAGCGUGACCAUUGCUGCCGUUGGAAACGUGGAAGUUGUUGUCAACACACAGGACGAAGUUGUGACCCCACUUUCACUGAAAGUGAGCGUAUCUGUGACUGCAGAUCCGUCUGUUGUCAAUGGGUAUUUGACUGGGAAUAUCACC